GAGUUGUGGCAGCUUUUGCCAUUGAUUCCACUAAUUUCAAGAUAAACUGUCUGGUCCAUGAUACGGCAUCUGUUCGCUUAACUGAUAUUAUCACGAUCGUGGUUUCCAAAACGGACAAUUUCAACCUUCUCAAAGACAAAGCCAAGGAAAAGUCAUUUUUGCUUCAAAACGUUUUUCAAGAAGGAAUCGUUAUAUCUAGGAAAGAUCCUAAUUAUCACCCUCAAAAAAAUGAAGAUUUAAUCAAAACCUAUAAUAGUGACGUGUUAGACAGCACAUGGAUGGUAGUGGAUGAUCCAACAGAAUUGAUAGUUAAUAAUAUUCCAAAAUUUCUUCGUGAGGAACAUACUCACUUUAUAAUAACUGUGGAUCGUUCGAGGGUUGAAUUGUAA